GACGAGCUGGCGGGGCAGUACUACUACUACGCGGUGUGCGGGCAGCACAACGCGGCUGCAGCCUGGUCGCUGCUCGGCAGCGAGGUGGCCAAGAGGUACAAUUUCGAGCAGUGGCCAGUGCGAAUGCUGUACUUUUCAAACGAAGACUUCGACGGGUAUUUCCUUGUUAGCUCCCAGGACAACAAGAAAGACCAUAAGGCACCAGCUAGACAGUUGAAACUGUCUAUGAAAGACAUUCGAUGGCAGUGGAAACACGAUGGUUGCCCUAGAGCUGUCAUGGGGAACCCUAGCGGGAGACAAGCUCAGGUCAAGGAUUGGCRUAAAUUUUGUACAACGGCGCUCAACAAAGCACCGCACAAUGCCUUGUGGCUUCUCGCGGACGYAAAAGGAGAAGACGCAGUUAAGAAACAAAGUGCUGCCUUGCGUUGUUAUUUCCGUUUGGCGAUGGCCGGCGAAAAUGUGUGGAAAUUGGUCAUGGAAGUUUUUGAAAUUUGGGAGACUUGCAGAUUGUUGAGCCAUGACGGGGCUAAGUGGAUCGCCAAGAAGAAGAAGGUCAAAAACGUCAAGCCCGGGGUGACAUACAUCGACAACGAGAAGUUGGGCAGAAAGGAGGUGGUUUACAACGUCCCCGUGGAGCCGCCAACCAAAAAAGGCAAAAAGGAGAAAGAGGAGGGUGAUUGGUUCGUGCAGGUGCCGGACCCGGACGCUCAUCGUUGGAAAGUGAUGGAAACACUCACCGACAGUGAGAAGUGUCGAGUUCUGAAGAAGGUCCUUGCUUGCGAGGUCGUUUGGGUCCAGGCAGGCUCCCCGUCGUUGGCGAAGCUGGGAAAGUUGAGCGUGCAGGACAUGGUGCAGCUGGUGAAGUGCGACCGCGUGCUCGUCCGGCUGUGGAAUUACUACCAAGUCAAGCACGAGAAGAGGCUGGACGCGGAUUGGAUCCAAAAGUGCCCGUUCCUGAAAUCCAGGUCCACCGUGUUCAGGAAGUUCGAAAGUCGGGGGCUAGAUGACGAUUUGUGGGACGGUAGCAGGAAAUACGUUUCGGAUUCGGCUUUGUUCAAGGACUGCCCGCCGUAUUUGGGUUGCGAGGAUGACCACUCCAUCGAGGCGACGGAAAAAUUGGCGGGCCACAAGAAGUUGACGGUCGACUGGAGAAACAAGGUUCUCUCCGUGUUGACAGGGAAUAGACUGAAGAGCCGAGAGGUCGCACUGGCAGAAGGCAUUGUCCACAUCAAAUGGAAAGACAAGGGGGACGUGACAUCGAUCGCGCCGUUCGGCAACGACCCUUUGGAGGCUGACAUAAGGGGUGCAGAAUUGAAGGAGGCAGUGGCAGCCACGAAGAGUCACACCUUCGUACUAGAUCUGUGCGAGCCGGUUGACCUAACACUGUGGAAACCCCAAGUGUGGGAGACUCUGAAUUCCUAUCUUCAGACUUAACAGCGAUUUCGUCAAAACGGACAUUUUAUAUUUUUUGAACGAAAUUGAAAUUGUCAUUUUCAUUGUGAUUUUGUUGACUUUUGAUGUUUUGUUAAGUCAAGUUUUGGGAGGUAUCCCACUUUUGUUUGUAUUUUGUGCUCCUGUUUACCGCAAAUUUUACAUCGCUUUCUUAUAAAAUUUCGGGGGUGUUAUGAUUUCAUUGCCAUUAUGUGAAGCUCUAGGGGUCUUUAAUGAUCAGUUUUGUUACGUUUCAAGCAUAUCGAUUAACAUUUAUUAUCUUUCACAAUAUAAAAUCAUGAAAUUUUCUGGUUUUCCCCGGCCAAUACAUGAAGAUUAGAGAAACAUAUUGAGUACCAUACCAAUAAACACCUAUGAUUAAC